AUGGAGGGGAAGAAAGUUGACAUCAUUGCUGGCGGCAUCAUGCACGAGCUAUUCCGUCGCGGCCUGCCGAACGACCGCAACAUGCUGGCGGCCAGUGCGUUGGUGGCUCCGGCUCACCAUCACAUGGUCGUGCAGGCCCACGAGGACUUCCUCAAGGCCGGAGCUACCAUGAUCAUCACCAACAACUACUACGUGACCCCGGGCGUGGGGUUCACUCCCGAUGAGAUCCGCGAGUACUCGCAACUGGCCGGCGAGUUGGCUGUGAGCGCGCGUUCCAGAAGCAACCGCGAGGACCGCACCAAGAUCUGCGGGUCGUUGCCACCAUUGAUGCACAGCCUUCGCUCGGAUCGCACUGUUGAGCGCCAAAAGGGACUGGACACGUACCUGCUGAUCGGAGAGGCUUUGCUCCCGUCCGUCGACGUGUUUGUGGCUGAGACCAUGUCGUCGCUUGCCGAGGCGAAGAUGGCGUUUGAGGGCGUUCAACCACUGCAGAAACCCGUGAUGGUUUCUUUCGCGCUCAACAGCACCGGCCAACUGCGCAGCGGUGAGGACGUGGUCGAGAGUGUGCAUAGCCUGGUUGAGUUUUGCACGCGCCACAUGGAGCUCCUGCCUGGUGAAGCUCAAGGCAAAGACAAUCUGCUGUGCGGUAUCCUGUUCAACUGCUCGCAACCGGAGGACAUCGCCAAGGCGAUUAAGCAGCUAAAGGAAACUCCGGAGCUGAUGGACACGCUCAAGAAGCACGAGAUCCGCAUCGGCGGCUACGGCGACCACAUCUCGCCAAUGUCCAAGGCCGGCGCCAUGGAGGAGUCGCUCGUACCUGGCGCGCUGCAGUCCAUGAUGGACAUGGAGAUCUACAGCAAGUUCGCCAUGCGCUGGAUCGACGACGGCGCCAGCAUCGUUGGCGGCUGCUGCGGUAUCCCGCCUGACUACCUGCAGCGCAUCGCCGAAGUCCUUUCAUUGUAG